CCAGUAUCGUGGAAGCGCGCGACCCGUUGCGAUCGUGCACCCUUAAACUCCCGUUGUACGCUGCUCGCCAGCACGUAUUACCGUGCGUUACAUCGGACGUGUAUAUCACGGAGGAAUAGUUUCGAGGAUACGCCGAUUAAGCUUGACUCUUCAAAUUCGAUCGAGACACUUGUGCACGGAGCCGCGACAAGAAGACAAAUUCGGAGAGAAAUUCGCGCAUGUGACAAAUGUGACAACGCCACGUCGACAACGCCGAACUAAUUAGGGAUUCUGCGUAAACACUAAUUCCAAGGGAAAUCGUUCUCGAAAUGUGUCAACUCGAAUUUUUGCCCCUAAAUAGAAUGUCAACGCUUUUGAAAGUAUUUCUCUGAAAAACGAUCAGCGAAUGAGACCCGGUAUUCUUUUCGGCGUGUCAACGCUUCGCAGUGUAAUUCUUGCAGAAGCGUCCCGUCGGACAUCUUCCGGAACAGACUUUCCUCGGCGAAAUUUUGGAGAUUCCUUUGGACCAGUUACACAUUGUUCUCGAGAACGACAGUCUCGGAGUUUUCGUAUCAAUCGCAAACGGCGACUGAACUUCCUUCCAGAGUGUCUCGCGAGUCAAGAAAUUUUGUGAGAAUACGACACGAUCUACUACUUCGUCACUUCUCUUUAUCUUUCGUCAAAGCGCCCUCGGCUAUGAACGAAUAAUUUUACUUUGGCCGCGAUAAAUGCCGCGUCGGUUACAACGAAAUCUCCGUGUCAAUUGAUAAUUACAGUGAGCUUCCUCAGCAGGCUAAAAUUCUCGUUCAUUCCAAUAACAGCAAAUGUCCUAGAAUCUAUCUCUCCUAGAAAGAAAGAAUCACGGAAAAUGUAACAGAAAAAUGUACGAGCCUACAGCAUAAUUUAUAAUUUUGAGUGUCGCGCAACGAAAAGAUGAUAACCGCUGUUUCACGACGUAAAAUACACCGGAGUAUCUACGGACCGUAAGAGAGAUAUCACGAGAAUGCCAAGAACGAAGACUCAGUACUGAUGAAAUUUUGUUACAGUCGAUGCUCAAUUAAUCACGCAGGACUAUGAAAACUAUGUCGCUUUCUAUACGACAAUAAGGCACAAUAAGGCGUACCUUGUCAAAUCUUGGGAAGAUUUUAUUAGCGACGUGAUGUGAAAAUUUUCCCGUCUAUAUAAUCGGCCAUUGGGUGCUAAAUCGUAAAAAGCUGGAAUGGAGCGUAACGUGAUCCGCGGAUGACGUGAUAGAAAAGCUUAGCCAGCUUAAUUCAUCGCCGCGCAAACGUACGCGUCCUGACACAAUAUCGCAAAAAAUCACGCUGAGUUAUGAACGAGUAAUGUGGAAUCAAAGUUUUUGACGGAAAUUGUCGCAAAACCUCGGUUCCAUUAGAUAUCCUAUUAUACGACGACAGCAAAACUUAUCUUAAUAACGUAAAACGUCGUACUCAUACACACACUCUCUCUCUCACUGGCUUUCUCUCUUUUACAAAUUCUAGGGGAGGACACUCGUCCUCCUGAAGCUUAUCCGCCGAGAGCUAAUGCGCAAAAACCGCGUCGUCGUAAAAGAACCGGAAAUUUCACUACUAAAUGCCAACGAUGCUUUUAGUAAAUGUUAAACAGCACCGAGUGAUAGGGGAGCCUGCUUGGCCAAAGCGACAGCAAUGCUAUGACUAAAAUCCUGUGAACGUAGAACUCUCACAAACCGACAACCAUAGGACUUUCCCAACUGAAAAAUCGAUGCGACAAUCGACGGCCGUAAUUUUUUAUAUCUCGUCUUCAGCUAUGGAAAGAACGAACUGAAGCAAAAUUCCUCCGCAACGAUUACGUCUAUUAAAGCAGAAGAAUUACGUCGAAGCUUCGAGUAUCGGGGAAAAAGAAAAUAUUUACCUUCGACGAAUGUGCUGCGAGGACAAUGAAGUGUCAGCCAACGUCCGCUGGGUGAUCGGAUUUUACAGUGAACGAUCGUACAUAAAACGCAGGUGGAAGUGAACUCGGACGUCGCAAGUCUAGUGUUACCGGCAUUCACCUCGAUUUAACUUCAGCAAAGAUACAAAGUAUUGCAUCGAUAUCAUCGACGGUCAUAUCGGCGCUGAGAAAUAACGCGCGCCGCACGAUCAUUUGAAGUACGAUCAUUAUGAUGAAAGUCGAUAAACAGGAAAAUGGGCUCGAAUUAACAGUUUCCGUAAUCGAGCAGCGCGACACGAAUAAGCUCAUCCUACUCUCUCCUCAACGCCACCCGAAAUCGAUUUGCCCCCACCGAUGUGAUUCGUAAUUAAGAUCGGCCGGAUGGAAAGAAAAACGCGAUUCGUCGACGCGCAAUUUCAUGUCACAGCCUGACACGUCGAAAUUAAAAGCUUAUUUCCUGGCAACAGUCUACACGUUUUCAUGGAAAAUCGACCUUGAAAUAGAGAGAACCAAUGAUAUCGGAAAAGUGCACAGCGAUUUGAUUAUAAUCGUGGCAAUAUCGAAACAUGUAAUCGCGCCGCGACAGCAGAUGGAUAAACGAUGGACGCUAGUCGAAUUUAUAAUCGCAGCUUUCGAAAUUUUUCCCUCGAGUCGUAGGUAACAAAAGAACAAAAUUCGAAUGUCGCGAUGAUGCCAUCGGCUGCUACAUAAAAACAUAUGCAAUACAAAACAAUUUGGCCAAGUUAGUCGGCAAGAAUAUGUGAAAGACAGUAAUUUUUUUUUUUCUAUUGACGGAAAAUGUUCAUCUCUUAAACUUUACGUAAAGUUCAAGUUGACCUAAGAAUCUAAAGAAUCUAAAGAUCUUAAAUAAAGAAAAUAAAUCGGUGCGAAUCUAUUCGACAAUCGUGCCGAAUCUCUUUAUAACAUCAUUGAUGUGUAAUCGUGUCAGAAGUGACUAUUUAUCAGAAAUUCGGUGUAUCAAUAUUGAGAACGGAGAAGAGAGUCGCGCGACAGCGUCGCAAACAAGCAAUAGAAAAUUGCAUACCUUGGAGAGAGCUCAGCGUGCUUUAAGACGAGAUAAGAAAUAUUACGACAAAAUAUUACAAACAGGCAGAUGAGCAGGGGAAACAGUUGAACUGGAAAGUGGCUGAAAAUAGCAAGUAAUCUCUUACUCUCACUCGUGCGUUACAACUCUAAGUAAUACGAAGAGACGACGACUAAUCCACGAUGCAGAGUUUCGACAGCUUAUUUAAUUCCACACCCUCUCUUUGGAACGAGACGUCGCUGUGGUUUGACAAUGACACCUACCACAAUGGUACCAAUUUCACGGAUCUGGAACUACGGAAUAUAUUCGUGCUGCCGUGGUGGCGGCAAAUGAUCUGGACGCUUCUGUUUGCAUUCAUGAUCACUGUGGCCACUGGCGGCAAUCUGAUAGUAAUAUGGAUCGUGUUAGCGAACAAGAGGAUGCGCACCGUUACCAAUUAUUUCCUGGUGAACCUUAGCAUCGCGGACGCCAUGGUGUCCACUUUGAACGUCACUUUCAAUUACACCUACAUGCUCAACAGCCAUUGGCCGUUCGGCACACUCUACUGCAAGAUUUGCCAGUUCAUCGCGGUUCUCACAAUUUGUGCCAGCGUCUUCACCCUGAUGGCGAUAUCCAUAGACCGGUAAGUCACAUCGCUCAUAUGAAUAUAAUGCUCUCGAGAGCGAUUUUAUAUUCUUCUCAUAAAAUCUAUAUUGUUUUGUCCUUUAUAAAUCGUAAUUUACAGAACGCUAUAGCAAUACUAAUUCAACAACAAUAGUGUUCAUUAUCAAUUCCGUUGCGCUAGAUGUGAAAUUAAAGAAAACGUUCAAUAAGCAACAUUCAUGGCGCUCGUUAAUUUUAGGCAUUCUUGUUUGGAUUUUAUUGAAUAUAUGUAUGGGAAUUUAUCAAUAAUUUAUAUACUUAUAUACUUAUAUUAAUUUAUUAUAUACUUAUAUACUUAUAUUUAUAUACUUAUGUUAAUUAUUCCUUUUUACAUUUAAGUUCCCAUACACCUUAAUAUUUGAUAAAGUCUACACAAGAAUGCCGAAAACAGACAGAAUAUCUACUACUGGACAUUGUCCUCUAUAGGAAGAAAAUAUUAUAGUAAAUAUCAUAAAAAAUUUUUAUGAUCUUAGACUAUACAGAAAAGCCGUACAGAAUACCAUACAUAACCAAAAUUACUAUAUAUUUGUUUAAAAAUAUUACGUAUGUUUGACUUUUAUUGCAAAUUAUUGUAAUUACUUGAAUGUGUUUACUGCUACGAAAAAAAAUUAGCUGCGGCAACAAGAAUCUGUGUGUAGUAGCAAAAUCUCGUUGUAAUAUGUUGACACUUAAAAAAAAUAUAUAGCUGCUAAUAGAUAUAUAUUUAACUAUAAAACCGAUAUAGUAAGAAUAGUAACAAAAAUUAUGAUUACAUUAAGGGGACUAAAAAGGUUUCAUCUUCUAAAAAUUGAGUGAAAUUCGAUUGUCGACGAACAAAUAAAUAUACACAAAGUUUGUUUUUUUUAGUUUUUAUACAUACUUUUAGAAAUAUAAUAAGCGGUAGAAGUUUAAAAAAUAUUAAUAAUUGAGUGAGAUAUUGUUAAAUUAAAAAAACAUUGUCUUUGUAGUUUUACUACGAUUCCAGGAAAAUGAAUUGGAAUUUUUUAAUGCGCCAAGCGUCACUUUGAAUAUAGAUUGAACCGAAAUAGAACUAAAAUCUAAAAAAUUAGAGAAAUAGCAGACAUAAAAACAAAAAUGUCUAAAAAUUCAAGUUAUUUAUUGUAAAAGUGAUAUUAAUAAAUUAAUUUUUAUUUGCAAACUUCGGUUCAAUCUAUGCAGUACGUCUUUAUCUUUAAUUAAAAAAAAAGAUCAAGUCGAUAACUUUAACCGUUCUUGAGUUAUCGUGGCAAAAAUAGCGGAAAAUGCUGUUUUGAAAAAUAAAUGACUGACGACUUCUACUACCGACCGACCGACUGUUCUCGUCUCCUUUGUUGUUACUCUUAUAUUUAUUAGCAAUGACUUCCACACACCUAUAGCCUUUGUUCCCGAUAUUAAUAUUUCUAAGUUUUCGAACCGUUAUUACUAUUUAUUAAUUUCUUUUAAAUAAACAACAUUUACAUUUCUUAUACUACAUGAUUGCGCGCGCUCCACUGGCCGCACGCCGUCUCACAUUUUUUACUCUCCUGAACUCAAUUUUACGAAUAUCGAGGUUCUUUUUACGCCAAUGUUUUCAAAGAAUUGUAAUAAACAAUUAUGUAAAAACCCAAAAAUCGAUUUUUUUAAGAUUUCAAACCAUCCUAGUUUUCUAACAAAUUUUCAAUUGCAACAACAAAUACAUUUUCAAACACAAAUUAUGAUUAACUAUG